AUGCACCUUCGCGAGGCCAUGGAGGACUCCAGCGCGGGCGCUGGCACCGGGCGCAAGAAGCUGAAGCACCGCCUCGCGGCGAUCCUCUCGGUGUUCUCCCGGCGCGCGGGGGGCGGCGGCAGGAAGCGCCGCGACAACGAGGGCGAGGCGAAGCUGCCGCCGCCAUUGGCAUUCCCGUCCUACUCCCGCCUCGGCGGCAGCGGCAGGAAGCAGCCCGGGGGUGGGAGUGGGAAUGGGAUCGUCGACCGCCGCCUGUCCCUCUCCGCGCCGCGGCCCGCGCCUCUGGUCCACAUCACCAUCGACUGCGCAGGCCGCCGCUCCAUUGACGCGGCCGACCCGUCCCUCCUCUCGUUCGACGCUGCGGACGCCAGGAAGGCGGAGCGGCGGUCCACGGCCGCCGGCGGCGAGUGGGAGGGCCGCAAGUGCCCCCCGUCGUCGCCGUUCGUGGCGCACCUGCCGCCGCUGCCGCCGGUUGCGAGGUGGAAGGAGCGGGCCAACACCAACACCAACAGCUCCUCGCGCCGGCUGUCGACGCACUCGUCGCGCCGGCUGGUCAGCAGCUCGUCCUCCGACGACGAGGACUCGAGGAACCUCUUCUCGUCGCGGAGCUUCUCGUCCGACUCGUCCGACUUCUACAACUGCCCGCGCAAGAACACCACCACCAGGGCGCGCGCGUCCGUCUCGGGCCCGUGCCGCGCGCCGCCGGCACCGGCCUCCGCCGCGCGGCGCCGCGGCUCGUCGCAGAGCUGCCGGUACAGCUUCGAGCUCCCGCGUGGCUCCACGGCGUCCGCCGCGACGGACGGCGGGUUCGCGGUGGUGAAACGCUCCGCCGACCCGUACGAGGACUUCCGCAAGUCCAUGCAAGAGAUGAUCGCCGAGUGGCCCGCUGGCGCUGGCGGGGACGGCAACGACGACGGCGAGGGGGACCACAGCGCGGAGCGGCUGCUGGAGACGUACCUCGUGCUCAACUCGCCGCGGCACUACCCGGCGAUCCUCGCGGCGUUCGCCGACGUGCGGGAGACGCUCUUUCCAUGA